AUGCUGGACUGGUUGGCGCACGGAAUGGUUGGGCCGUCCUUGUUCGCCGAAUCACAACGUAACUUUCAUAUCGACGUCCUGUCCAUCGCUCAGUCGCAUGUUCACGUCAUGCACGCGCUCCUCGCCGCGUCCGCCCUGCACAUCCGCUUCCGGAGCAACCCAUCGCUAACGCAACCCCCACCCCGGACCCUGACGGCCGCCCUAGCCAGCACAAACGACGACUUUGCCGUCGUCGAAGCCGGCCACCACCUCUCCGCCACCGCCGGCUUCCGCACCGCCCUCUCGUCGCUGUCUGAAACGACCCAGAUCGACCCGUUGCUGACGACCUGCAUGCUCUUGAACAUGCUGUCCUUUGCCGGCCUUCCCGAGGCCGAAGACGACGUCCGCCGCUGGCCGUUUCUCGGCUACGGCGGCGAGCAGCCGCUGCACUGGUUGCGGAUCCAGCUCGGGUUCGCACCCCUGAUGGGCGGACUGAGCAUCAAGGCGAAGCGGGGCAGUGCAUGGCUGGCAUUCUUCGAAGGGUUGGACCACAACGUGCUCUAUGACGAAAGGGAUGGCACAGAAGGCGUGCCGGAGGCGUGGUGUGCCUUCUGGGCCAUUCGCGACGAUGACGGAAUCGACGGACACCGAUAUCUGAGAGUGGUGCGGAGGUUAGUGUCGAUAUUGGCGGUGUGGGAAUCCGUGGAGGCUGGGAACGGCGCCACGCAUGACGGGAGGUGCUUGCAAUACUUGCAGUUUAUGCAGGGGGUUGAUGAGGCGUUCAUUUGUCGGUUGGAGGCUCGAGAUGCCAAGGCACUGGUCGUAUAUGGCUGGUUCAUGGCAAUACUCACAUACACCAACCAUUGGUGGUGCCGGUCGAGAGCCGUUCGUGAAUGCACGGCUGUAGUCAGAUAUCUGGACGAGACCUACGGCGCAGCAUUGGACGACUGGCUCGGAUUCAUGGCAAAGGCUGUUGGCUAUGAGUUAAAAGGUAGUGCGAUCGAUAGAUUUCUUUUGGAGCUAUAA